UGGAGUGGAAAAAAUUGCAAGUGAUUACGGUUUGAAUUUAAUAAGUAUUUAUACGUUUUGCUAUCAAAUUCUGCGCUCCUUACUUCCUGCGAGUUACUGUUAAUCUUGCUGUUUAAACCGAUCUGCAGCAAAAGUCUACAAGAUGGCAGAUGUAGAAGAAGUGACACAAACCCCUUCUGAGCUACUGGCUAGUGGGCGGCGAAACUUAGCUGUGAGAGACUACAACGCGGCCACAGAGGCUCUGGCUAAGGCCUGCGAGCUCCUGGCCAAAGAACACGGGGACACGGCUGACCAGUGUGCAGAGGCAUAUCUAUGGUAUGGCAAGGCUUUAUUGGGAUUGUCGAGAGAAGAGAGUGGGGUCCUCGGUGACGGGAUGCCAGGAACUGGCAAUGGCGAUGGUGAGGAAGAUGAUGAUAAUGAAGAACAAGAAGAAAAUGGUGAGAAUGGCGAGGAAGAGAAUGGAGAGUCAGAAGCUGAGCCCGUGAAGGCGGAGGCUGACGAUGGAGUGAAGAAGAGUGAGGCUGAUGAGGGAGUGAAGAAGAGUGAGGCUGAGUCCACCACGAAAGACGAGCCGGCCAGCAGCAGCACUGCAGAUGAUCAACCUGGCCCGUCUAAUGGAGAGGCAGCGGACGAGUCAAUGGCUGACUUAGAAAACGAUGAUGACGUUGACAACCUCCAGCUAGCAUGGGAAAUGUUGGACCUGGCGCGCAGCAUCCUGCGGCGGCGCGCGGCGGGCGGCGGCCACGCGGCGCGCGCGCAGCUCGCCGACGUGCACCUCGCGCUCGGGGAGGUCGCGCUGGAGAGCGAGACGUACGACAAGGCAGUCCUCGAUAUGCAAAGUUGCUUAGAAAUCCAAAAAGAACUGUACAGCAGUGACGACCGCCGCAUUGCUGAAACCCACUAUCAAAUCGGUUUAGCAAACUCGCUCGCCUCCAAUUUCGAAGACGCGAUCACCCACUUCAAAAAUGCCGCCAACAUUCUCGAGACUCGCAUCAAAACGCUCGAGAACCCCGCAACAGUGAAAGACGACGCUACCGUUAAGAAACACUCCACGGCAGAUCCGUUCUACUCCGUCGAAGGAGAAAUUAAGGAGUUGAAGGAGCUUCUGCCAGAGAUUCAGGAGAAAAUACAAGACAUGAUGGACUAUAAGACUGAGACGAAAAAGCGACUCGCCGAAACGCUGUUCUCAUCUAAUGGCGAAAGCUCCCAUCUCAACGGCGCUGGCUCCAGCUCUGCGGAGGCCAAGCCCAAGCCUGCCGCCUCAGACAUCUCCCAUCUCAUCAAGAGGAAGAGAAAGUCCAGCGAGGGCGAAGAGGCCUCCUGCGCUAAGAGGGCUAACACGUGAAUAGUUAACAAUACCACACACCAUUUUCCACUGUAAAAUCGUUGGUGUAAAGUCUAAAAUCGUGUGGAAAUUUUUAAUAUCACCUUUAUAAGGAUUGAGUAUAAGGUAAGAGCUUGCGCACUGGCGUUUACGAUAAACCACGUUCGAUAACGGUUUCAUGUGUACAGUCGACGUCAAAGCUAUG